AUGGCUGACACAUACGAUUCGCUAUCUGGUUCAGAUGAUUUUUACUGCACAAUCUGCAAGCGCAAUGUAAAAUGUGGUCAUAUGGGGCUUUCAGAUGUACAUCGACAUAUUACAACAUCAAUGCACCAACGAUAUGCAAAAGACGCAAGAUCACAGACAACUCUUUCUUUUCCAUCUUCAUCAAGCCCUGUAUUUGAAAAGGUAAAUAAUAAACUAUGUACAUGUACCUUGCUUUUAAUGAUAAUUGUACAGCAUAGGAAUGACUUAUAGUACUUUACUUAAAACGGCAAAAAAAGCGUGUAUUAUCAAUGGUGCUGUUGCUCCUUUUUUGUAGCAGAAUCUUGUCAAUCAUAUAAAGAAGAAUCCUUUCUCUAUCGCAAUUGACGGCUCCAGUGAUUCUGAUGUUGAGAAGAUGAAUCCUCUGACCGUUAGUACUCAGUUCCUUGAUAUGUGUAUGUCUUCAUUAUCCACAGCAGAAGAAAUAUUUUCAAAAAUGCAGGAUGCUUUCACAACACAUGGAAUUCCAUGGAAUAACUGUGUCACAUUGUGCACAAUACAGCUUUAAAAGCAGCCAACGCUUUUGAAGAGUAAGUGUGCAUAUGCUCUUUUUUGAAACUGCUUGUAGGAGGAAAUACUCUUAUUGCGCUGAUAUUUAGUAUAUGUUUUAACAAGCAAAUUUUUAUUAUUUUUUGCAGACAUCUAGAUUUAAUGUUGAAGAUAUGGUUAUCGAUAUCUACUACUGGUUUGACAAGAGCACAAAGUGAAAAGCUUCUCUGAAAGAAUUCUACUCUUUUUGUGAUAUAGACUAUAGAAAAAUAGUAAAACAUAUAAACACCAGGUGGCUGAGUCUAGAGCGAGCUGUUUCUUAGGUGCUGAAGAGUUACUUCUUAUCCAAUGGUGUGAUAUUGUCCACUUAAUUGCUGUUGUUAUAGAUUGUCCGUGUAUAUAUACAUAUAGUUUGACGAACUAUGUAUGUGUUAUCUAUUGUUGUAGAUGGAAAUGAACCAAGGUUCAGGAGAUUGCAUUCCAUAUUUGAAGAUCCCAUGACGGAAGUUUAUCUUCUCUUUUAUCAGUCAGCCCUUCAACCAUUUAUCCACUUCAACAUGUUUUUACAAAGAGAAGACCCUAUAAUUCCGGUUGUUCAUAAGCAAACAACGUUGUUUUUGCAGAAGCUUGCUAGUAAAUUUCUGACUGUUGCAGCUAUUAAGCAGGCAAAUGGAGACUUUAGUUUUCUUAACUUUAAGGAAGCAAACUUUCAGCAUCCAG